UUAUAAAGUGAACAGGCACAUCUUUCACUCCAGUGUCAGCUUGCUGUGAAGACUGUCAGCUAUGAGGAUCUACUACGCUCUCUUUGCAUUGCUCUUCUUAUUCUUGAUGCCUGUUCCAGGUGAUGGAGCAAUCAUAAAUAAAUUACAAAGAUAUUAUUGCAGAAUAAGAAGUGGCCGGUGUGCCGUGUUUGGCUGCCUUCCAAAGGAGGAACAGAUAGGCCGCUGCUCUGUGACAGGUCGAAAAUGCUGCCGAAGAAAGAAAUAAAAAAUCCAGGAAUAUGAUGAUGUUGUAAAGUGGGAAAA